CAACUAUGGUUUUUCCACACAGCCAUUGACAAAUACACACGCUAUUGUCUCUUUCGACGAAGUUUCCUGCUCGUGGUUUCGCCAUACUUAAAUUCAGCGUUAUUGUUCAAAGUGUUUGUCUGUAAAUUUGUUGUGUUUUCGGAGCAGUGAUUUUACUUUUGGUUGUGUAACUUUUUGGUUUUUGAUUCAACUAUGGAGAGCAACAAUCAGACUUUCUGGCAAUUCAGCGAUGAUCUUCGUCUCCAAACUGGUAAUUUAUCCAAUUUAUCGCUCAACGAUUCCAUCUGGAGCAGUAAUUAUGUGUCGAAGAAGCCGGCGGAGCGACGCAACUUCGAUUUCAGAAACGGUGGAGGAGCUGAAAUCGGAUCGGCUUUCGGCGGUGGAUCGGUUAACGAGCUGAAAUCGAAUUGGAAUUUAGGUUUUAACAACAGUGAUUGGAAAUCUCCUGUCCUCGAUAACCCUAGCCCUAAUUUUAACUACUCUGGAUUCAACAAUGGAGGUUUCAACAAGGCGCCAGGAUUGAACGGAGGUUUCAACAAGGCGCCGGGAUUGAACGGCGGUUUUAACAAGGGGAUUUAUUCGAAUCCUAAUCUGAAUUUCGACGACUACAUCAAAGGUAAAGGUUUGGCAAACGUGGCUGUGAAUAGUGGAAAAAUAAACAAAGGCUUUAAGAACGAAGAGGUUGGGAAGAAGAAGAACAGAGGGAAUAAGGAGAGCACUAAGGAUAACAACAGCAGCAAUGGCGAUAAGACCGGCGUGGACAAGCGGUUCAAAACUCUGCCGCCGGCGGAAGCUCUGCCGAGAAACGAGACCAUCGGAGGGUAUAUCUUUGUCUGCAAUAAUGAUACCAUGGCUGAGAAUCUUAAGAGACAACUCUUCGGUUUGCCUUCUCGUUACAGAGACUCUGUUAGGGCAAUAACUCCAGGAUUACCAUUGUUUCUCUAUAACUACUCAACUCAUCAGCUUCAUGGAGUCUUUGAGGCUUCUAGCUUUGGCGGCGCAAACAUCGAUCCGACAGCUUGGGAGGACAAAAAGAAUCCCGGGGAAUCGCGAUUCCCGGCUCAAGUUCGUGUCAUGACGAGGAAGUUAUGCGAGCCAUUGGAAGAGGACUCUUUCAGGCCGAUCCUCCAUCACUAUGAUGGCCCCAAAUUCCGCCUCGAAUUGAACAUCCCCGAGGCGCUCUCCCUCUUGGACAUUUUCGAAGAGAACAAUCCGGACAACCAGCACAUUACAAUCAACCCUAACGAAUUAUAAAGAUAGGAUUGGUGUUAUAAUAAGCGACUGCAGAUUUUCUUCGACACAUGUGUUUGUUUGCAGAAGGGCGCGACUAUAUAUGUAAGCUGAGGUAUUUUUUUGGAGGUGGAGUUAUGGAACACCGGACUUACUUACCUCGCCAGUUGUCUGUUUAUUGCUGGGAUAGUACCGACGAUCACCGUAUACAAGUUAUGUCUGAAUAUCGAAUAUAUAUGUAUGUGUAUAUAUAUGUGUAUGUAUAACCAGUUAAAUCAGCCUUGUGUUGUGUGUUUUAUUGUUUAGUAUGAUAAUGAAUAUUGGUUCUUUGAAGAA